CAACAAUAACAAAGGACAGCAGUGAGAUCUCGGAGCGACUGAGAGAGACGCGAGCGCUUGUUAAGGGUCCACAAAAUAGUGUUAUCUUCAAAGAAGAAGUAUUUAUAUUGAUAUAUUUAUAUUGUGUAACACAUCCUACCUCAACCUUCAAGCGAGCCGAGUGUUUUUUCCCCUUUGUUUUCCCUUUAUUUUCUGAUUAAACAAACGCUUCCUGUUUACAGGCGUCUCAGUCGCAGAGCCUUAAUUUUUGAACACUUUGUGAAGGCAAUGACUGAGCUUUAAGUGUUCCUAAUACGUGAAGGAGAAACUCAUGCACUUCAGCACCUUUCCAGAGGCUUCUGUGAACAGCUACAACAGCUGAUGACCAAAGAGCCACAUCCUCAAGUGACACUAGCAGGACUGAUCUGGCCCCCUCCUCCUCUCCCAGCUCCCCUACCAUGUUGCAGAGGUUCACCAGCAUCCUAUUCGGAGAUGCCCUGGAGGAGGCCACUGAAUGUCCUGCAGAUGUGGGCUUUAACAGAAAUGAAGAUGACGAGGACUGGAUCCUUGUUGAUUAUCUUGCUGAAGCUUGCUCCAGUGCCUGUGAUGAUGAGUUGAUAGAAGUCUGCUCAGAGAACAUAGAUGCUCCUGACUGCCCUUUGCGCUGCAACUCCUGCUCCUCUCUGGACUCAGCAGCAGACACAGACCCAGAGGACAGAGGGUUCUUGCGCCUGGAUGCUGAGUGUGGUCUUGAGGAGAGCUGGUUUAUCACACCACCACCCUGCUUCACAGCUGGAGGAAGGGGUCCAGUGCUUUUGGAAACUAGUCCUCUGGAGAACCUGCUUAUUGAGCACCCCAGCAUGUCUGUCUAUGCUGUGCAUAGCUCAGAAAACCGCCAGCUAAAGGAAAACUCUUGCGAACCUAGCAUACUUAGGUCUGAGGUUCAGUACAGACCCAGUCACCCUACUGGCUGCUAUGCAGCUGCUCUCACUGCCACACGUGCCAGCUUCCUGGAGCAGGCCAAAAAUGGACGCUUGGCUCAGAGGAUUCGCGACAAUGUGCAGCGCCAGCAGCUGUCCCGUAAUGCGCUCCGACGCCUGAACCUGCUCCGUGAUGGGGGAGCCAGACAGGCCAAAGCCGCUGCAGGUCAUGUCCAGCAGCCCGGACAGAGGCAGUACAACUACUGAGACCAUUGCCACUGUGCCCCCCUCCCCCUCCCCCUCUAUACCUGGCACUAUGCUAGGGGUUAGUCUUUCUUACAUAGACAGAAUGGUAUCCUUCAGAAUCAACAGCAUAGGUCACUUUACUCCAGUGCAGGUACUAAUCUGCUUGAGCAUAUGUCCAAAUCAGGCUUUGUUUCACUCUGGUUCUCCUACGUGAAGCUGACAAUAAAUUUUAAUUGUGUCACAAGUUGCAUUACACAUACAAAGCCUCAUGUAGUGUGAAUGGUCAUCAUUUAUAGUUCUUUGCAUGUUGUUUUUCAGUGGACAUGGCAUUGUAUCAUCCUGUACCUACUUGCUUCAUAUGUAACAAUAUUCAUGGCCAUUUUUUGCAUCACUAAUUGUAUUUUUAGUGAAUUGAUCAGAUGGAUUCUGCUUUCUGUUUUAAAAAAUUCCUUUUACUACAAAAUUUUAUGUCUAGCAUUACUUAUCGCUAAAAGCAUUUAGUAGUAAAUUUCCACAUAUGAAAGAUAUAUUAAGAAAAACUAUUGAAAUAUUUUUAAAAAGGAAAAAAAAAAGUAUUGCAUAUAGUAUGUAAAAGUAUGAAAUUGUAUGAGGUUGUGUUAUCUGCAAUGUGAGGGAUGUAUGUAUGUAGCAUAGCAUGCCUGGUAGCAGGCAUUUUUUAUGACAUUACAGUGCAUAAAAACAAUUGAGUGGGGUUUUUUGUUUGUUCGCUUUAAAUCUGCCAUACAUGUCUCAGGGUCACAACACAGUCACUUGUACUCUACUACAAUGCAGAUUACUUGACAAUUGUUAAUUGUAUUUGUACAUACUGAAGAACUUCUUACAUUUGUAAUUGUGUACAUUACCUGUUUAAAAUAUUUGUAAUUAAUCACUUUUAAGUAAGCUGAAAAAGGCAAAAGAUUUGUUCUAAGACUGUGAAAAGAAAGUCUUUCUCUUGACUGUUAAAUCUGCAAACAAUGACUUAGUCUGUUCAACAAAAAUGUCUUUUCAAAAAUGUUUUUUUUCUCUAACUGUAAUAGGCUUUUGUAUUUUAUGCUUCAUGUUUUAUUAAUUACAUGAAAUUUGUAUUUGCUGAGUUAAAUAUUUAAACCUAAUGUAGCAACAAACUUACAACAGUCUUUAGUUGUUGUUUUAACAUUUGGCGAUUGAUCUAAAAUAACACAAAAUAGUGACAUACUAAAUGUGUCAUGUGGAGGAACCAGAUUGAUGGAUAUGAAGUGUCUCAAUUAAUGGCAAAUACAGCUGGUGUUUAUGAAAAUAUUCAGUAUACUUGAUUGAGCAAAAUGAAUAGCACACCUCUAAGAUGCUCUAUCCCUGGCCACAGGAAUACAUACGUGUUAUUUUUCUUAAUUCACUUAACGUUUUUUUUUUCUUUAGCAUUAUUUCUGCAGUUAUAGAAAUUUUAGUAAUGCGGCAGCUUUUCCACUUUUGUCACACUUUCAGUUUGUCUAGUGAAGCAAAUAUAUAUUGUUUUUUUUUUUGUCUUCAGCAAUCUAACUGUUCAUGUUAAUAACAGGGAUUUUAUGUUGCCUUGAAAUCUGUUAAAGAUCUUGUGCCUUCCAGGUUAACAGUGUGACAAUGCAUUAGUGAAGAACUUGAAUUCUGUCCAAAGGGACUUUAACUCACUAUGCACAGGGGAGUAAAAUUGUCUCUGUGAUCCAGUCACUCUAUCCUUAUUUUUCUGUAAAAAUUGUAGCAAUGUUUUUUCUGUGUUUGUGUCGAUAAUAAAUAACGUGCCCUUACUCACUAGGUUUCUCAGUCAGACAAUUGUUUGAUUUUCAGUUUACUGGAAUAAAACAGCACUUUGCCAAACGAAUAGGUUUAAGUACCCUAUGUUUAUUUUACUCUUAGUACAUUGUGGAUUCAUAUUUGAAAUGUACACCGUAUUUUAUUUGUUACUAGCAUAAUAUACUAUUGUAAUACGUCUAUUAUCUUGUCAGUAUAAUUUAUGCUUGUUUAUUUUUAAAUAAAUGCCUUGUUUUUAAA